GGAAGGAUGAAAAGCUCUCUUCUGCUGCUUCUGCUGUGUGUGGGGCUACUCUGCUGCUUGUCCCAGCCAUCAGCGGAGGUGACCAAACAGUGCCAAGAGAGGGUUCUGGGUAAUGAGAGAAAGCGAACAUGUUCUAAAAAGUGCCUGCAGGAUAAAGAUUGUGCUAAUAAGCGCCAGUGUCUGUGUGAUGGACAGUGUGGACUCAGCUGUUUGGCCCCAGGACGAACGUGUCCAUGGCCUCUUCCCCCGGCGGAGAACAUCGAAGUCACUCUCCUGUCACCCUCUCCCUCAUUCUCUGCCCUCCUGGAGGCGCGCUGUCAUCCAGGCUACGCCAUGGCCAACGGCUUGGGUGCCAUGAUACGUCGUUGCCAGGGCGACCGACAGUGGAGCGGAGGCGAACCUCUGUGCAUCGGUGUGAGUCCUGCAGCGGAACCGGUUGUUCUCUGCCCUGUGCCUGUGGAUGAGCUGCUGUCGGUAUGGGGCAAUGCUGCAGUAGGCACCAUCGUGCGCUACCGCUGUGGCCCUGGAUCUGUGCUGGUUGGGCACAGUGAAAAUUUCUGUCAUGAGAACCAGACGUGGCGUUACCCUCACCCCAUCUGUCGACGUGUGUUUUGUCCACCACCAGUGGAGAUUGAUCACGGUUACCUGGUGGCCGUCCAGAAGUCUGAAUAUAACGUGAAUGACACCAUCUAUUAUCUUUGCAAGAAGACCUUCCUAUUGGAUGGACCAAACCAAGUUACUUGUCAAUCAAAUGGCACAUGGAGUACUGUGCCUUCCUGUCGAGCCCCUUGUCCAAUCCCAGCCCAGCGCAGCAGGGUGGUAGUGGGCGGGAUUAAGCGCUGGCCCUACGACCUGACAGAUGGUAUGGUAACUCACGGGGAGGAUGUAACAUUCUUCUGUAAACAUCCAGAAAAGCAAUGCAGUUUCACGGCCACGCAGGCGUGCUUUGACGGACAGCUCUCUGCACCAGGUUGCUACCUUGACCCCACCUGGUUUCAGUAUACACUGUACCCUCACCGACUGGUGUCUGAGAUUGAUUCUUGUGACCCUACUGACCUGGAGUAACCACUGCACCUGAGUAAAACGGGUCUCUGUUUUACUGAUCCCACAGAAGCGUACUGGACCCAGACUUCUCACCACUGUCUAGCCUCUAAUGACUUGUAGCAGUCCUAGUACAUGUCAUCCAAAUGAAGUGGAAAACAUGAAGACUUUUUUACUGUGCUUGUCUUUUAUGCUGGACCAGAGUUGAGAGAAGUAAAUCCAAUAUUAGUAUAUUUCACUGUAUGCUAAUUUGGAAUCUGCGUAUCUCACAAUAUGGAGGUUAACAGGACUUAAUUCACACCACUCAGACUAAGAAUUUCAUUUGAGAAAAAAGUAUAAAUGGAUACUACAUUUUUCAUACAGUGUCUUAUAUUAGUGAGUUAUUUUAGUUUAGCAGCCAAUUCACUUUAUAUUGCCUGGACAGAGUUAUCUUAAACUGAAUGCAUCAUUGCUUAUUUUUGUUAUGAUGUUUUGCACAUUUAAUAUGCUACUAAUUUGAAGAUUAAUAUACAAAAUUACACGAAGACACAAAGUUAAGGUAACUCAAAAGUCUGAGGUGUUUGUAGUUACCAACAGUUUUUCUUACUGCUUUGUUGCUAUUUUAAAUUAAGGUCUAGAUUUAUAUCGUAUGUUUUUGGAAAUCCACAGACACGGCAAAGAUCUGGAGUUACCAGUGUAAGUUAUGACAUAUUUAUUAUUCAUUAACAGUGUAAGUUUUAUGGUAUAGGACAAGGGAAUAGUACUACGAAUACACAUAAGUAGACAAACAAACCAAAAGAAAACUGGUACAAAUAUUUCUGGUAAAAGGAUGCACGUGUAUUGAGCAAAGUUAAUCUGUUUAAAACAAAUCAAGCUAUUUCACUUGAAAUUCAUUUUUAUUCUGCUAGAAUAGCUUCACAAUAAACAAGAAGUUGGAAAAUUCUUAUUUGUCACCAUUAUUUUUUUA